UUUCCCGGGCCGCGCGUCCGGCGGCUCUGUGCGGAGACGUCAGAGCGCUCGGGUCCGUGUUGGAAGAGCCCCCAGCCCCUCCCCGCGCCAGGGCUUCUAUAUAAAGUCGGGGCCCUAGUGGAGGCUACAGCAGUGGCGCAGACGGCGGAGGUGGUGGCGGAGCUGCUCCGAGGUCGGGUCCUCCCGUCGCUGCUCCGCGGGGAGAACACACUCGCCACCCAGCCUCGCCCAGCCUGGCCGCGGCGCUCCGAGGGCUUCCCACCGGGAUCAUGCGGCGCCCUGAACUCCCGCUCGUCCUGCUGGCGCUGGUCCUCUGCCAGGCACCCCUGCGGCCAGCCGCCCCGGUGCCGGAGGGCGGAGGGACAGUGCUGGCCAAGAUGUACCCACGCGGCAACCACUGGGCGGUGGGGCACUUAAUGGGGAAAAAGAGCACAGGAGAAUCCCCACUUGUGCUUGAAGGAGAUGGCCUGAAGGAGCAACUAAGGGAAGCCGUUCAGUGGGAAGAGGCUACAAGGAAUUUGCUGGGCCUCAUAGAAGCAAAGGGGAACAGAAGUCAUCAGUCACCUCAGCUCAAGUCCUUAAGCAACCACCAGCCUUCUUGGCACACAGAGGAUAGCAGCAACUUGAAAGAUUUGGUAGACUAUCUGCUCCAGGUUCUUAAGGGGAAGGAAGGAACCCCCAGCUAAACAGCCAAUGGUGACAACAGCCACAAAGGAACAGAACAAAAUCCUUAAGAGACUGCAUUCUGCAAGCAUCGACUCUACUGGAUCACAAAGAUCUCGUUUGUGCAAAAACACUUUGCUAGUCUCGUAUCUUUCAACCUUGACUAAAUUAGUGAUUUUCAAGCAGUAUCUUCUGGUUUGAACUUGUUUGCUGUGAACAGUUGUCCAAAACAGAGUCUUCCAAUGAUUGCUUUGUACAUCUAGACUACUUGUUAAUUAGAUUCAGGGCCCCAGUCUGUUACCAUUCACAAUAAAAGCUUAAACGUAUUGU